AGUAGUUGUGCCGACAGAGAAAGAGAGAUCAGUCAACCGCUUAACAAAGGCUCAAUUUAUGCUAUUCCAGCACAAAUUUCCAUUAUCGUCUCUAGCUAUUCCCAGUGAUAGCGUAUCUGCCUGUUAUCUCUACGUUUUUCAUCUUCAAGUGUUGAAUAUUAAACUCAUGUGAACGUGUCUUCAUCUGGCAGACGGCAGCUUAGUUUCAGGUAUGGCUUUUCGACUCAGAGAUUAACUUCGUGUCACUUAUACUUAUAUUGUUAUAUCCUCGCUCUUGUCCCAGACAAAAACAAGCAAGAAGACCAUGUCCUCCGUAAUUCCUGGUGCCGACUUUGGGAGAUUAACACCGCCACCUGGAUGUCGGUUAGUGGCUGGCCUCUGCUUGCUCGGAUUCCUGCUCCCGACAGAGAUUUUCUCUUGCUCUCCACGCAACCUCUUCGACUACUACUGGUUCUGGACGCCAGCAACAACAACCUUUGUGCAUCAUGUACUUACUCAUAUAAAUAUCGGGCUUUUAGAGGUGGUGAAACUUCUUUAAAGCUCUAGAUUCUCUUCACGGACAUGCUUUCCGUAGUCAAGAUGUUUUUCUGUCUGUAGUAAAUUAAAUUUUGGAAUUUGAUGAAUACAAAGGCCGACUACUAUUAAAACCCCCCUGAAUAUUAGGAUCUUCUGUCGCUACUUGGCGGCAUACUGCUGGGCUGGAGGAGGUUUAUUCGUGCGGAAAAUGAGCACGGAACAGUGGCGUUAGUGCUCUGGCUAGGCUACGUCUCAUUUGUUAUUCACGGUCUGUAUUGCUUGGCGUGUAGGGUUAUCCUGGAGUACUUUAAUGCAAGGCUUUUGACAGAGCCCAUCCACGGACUAUGGCCACUGGUGUGCCUAUUGUUCACCUACGAUGCAAAGACGGACCCGUUUGCAGAGGUACAGGAAUUUUUCUCCAUCGUUUGGUUACAUUGAGAAAGCCAAAUUUUAGUUUUACAACUUGGGAAUACACCAGAAGUUCAGUCCAUGGCACAAAAGUGGUACUUCUACUUCCUGAUCCCAAGAAAUAUUUUCUGUCUGGCUAUAGGUUUAGCUGGCGGCGUCCCCAAUGAAUCAAUUCUGUCACCAGGUGAACCUGUGGCCAGUGCCUGUUUCGAUCUUACAGCGUAGCGUACCAGCGAUCGCAGUAGCCUCUUGUUGGCUUUUACACGGCGAACUUCCACUAGAUGUCGUAGUCGCGAUUGCAGUAGGCUUUUUCGUACCAGAACUGACUCUCUCAGAGUCCGCUCACGAUGCCAUAGAGUCCUAUCUAGAACGGCAACAGGCGCAGCCAGCCGUUAUGUGGCUCAGGACACAAGAUUAUGAGGACUUUCGAUACUUAGAUGGAGCUCUACCAGACCACUAGGAGAUCUAUAGUUUACCACAUAGUUCGAUAGAGGCGAAAAUGUGUAGGCUCGUUUGGCAAUAGCUGCCGAAGAUGGUCACGAUACCCGAUGGACUCGCCAUCGCCUAUUGGCUAUUUUCCUAUAUUUUUUCGAUCACGAGUGGGUAAGAAAUGUAUAGUAGUUUCUUAUUUUUCUGAUUCUUCUAUCCAAUCUCGCAACGAACCUCUGUCUUCUAAGUCAUAGGCUUCUGCACUCGAAACGCUGGCUUCAAGGCACUUCCGAAGGGAGGACUAGCGCCGCCUACACAGGCCACAGAGUUCGGCUUUGCGGGUAGCGCAGAUCUGGAGGAUCCGGGGUCCUCUUCUUCCUCAUCUUCAGCAGAUGGUUUCGGCGGCGCUGGAGAUCAGAUAGUCGGGUAUGCCAACGCGGCAUCGUCCGCGGUGCUCGGCGCAGUAUCCUCAGUGGUCGGCGAGGCAGCAUUUGGUGGAGCAACCUCGGUAUUGGACUUCACUUCGUCUGGUAACGCCACCUCUUCAAGUGGUGCUGGAAUGAGUGGAGCGUCGAAUGCGACAGGCGGUGUAGCCGGCGUAGCCGUUCCUAGCCCUGUCGCGAAUAGAGGAGGCUUGCACGGAGUAGGGAUUUCUCAGCCAGGAGAUAACGCUAGUCAACAACUUCAAGCGGGUGCUUUUGCGGAUGCAGAGUUUUUAGACGAUCCUAGAUCAAGGACAGACUUUUUAAACCCAGCACCGAACCGAAACGUAAACGAAUUUUUGACACCAUCCGCCACAGUAAAAAGUGGAGACCCGUUUCUGGCGCAGCAUCCAGUUUUUGACGAGAAUAUAAACAGCAAGGACAUCUUUGGGGACCUGGGUACAUCAGAUAACCCCUUUGACCUGUGAAAUGCGACAAGUGUUAUAUUACAGUAUCAGCGCAAUGGAUCAUCCAUUUCCAGAAAGUUGUUACAGGCUCAGAAAAUGUACCUUGGUAUCUCUCUUGUAUAUUGGCUACACUAGUAAGUGUUAGAAAGACCACACUGCGUUCGACACAAGAUCUCCUCGAGAAUACAACAGUCUUCGUGGCGUGCGGGUUGUGUUACCCUAGAGUCAAACGUCUAAC